AUGGCACAUCCCAACCGACGCGGUGGCUACAAAUUCGAAUUUGUGGCAUUGGAUGCUACUCUAAAAUGCCAGUUCUGUUUCUUGGCAUUGCGAAGUCCUUUUCAGACAGAAUGUGGUCAUCGCUAUUGCGAAGAUUGUAUUAAAAAUAUAAAGUAAGUAUAACUAUUCUUUUCUUGUAUAUUCCCGUUCUGUUCCGCAAAUUGUGACUAUAUUUGAGCUUCAGAUAAGUUAAAAUAUACUUGUGUCAUCAUUAUUCUCUGGGAUGGGGACCCUGGCUAGUGGGCUGGAAAAGGGACUUGACAAUGUGCUGAGAACACUCUUAAUUUUCCAACUCUAUAUAGCUCCCAUUACUAGGCUGGGCUGCUUUUCACCCUGUCACUGUGUUUUAUGAGACUUAUGUGGCAGACUGCAUGUCCUGUAAAAACAAACCACUGGGCUCACCACUAUAAUCAGUAUAUUAAUAUAUAUAUAUAAAUAUAUUUUCUCACCAACCUGAAAUUCACACUUUUGCAAGCAACUUUCAUGGUUAUAGCCCACAGAAUUGUCCACAAACACCUUUUAAGAUUGAAAUCUGUUGAGAAAAUCUUGUUUUACAACAAUAUAUAUAAAUUCAUGUGAACAGAGUAAUAAGUAAAUGCUUAGGUGUAGCUCGCUUAGGGAACCAGCCCCAUUAAUUGCAUUUAUAUGGGAAAUUUCAGCCCACCUACACGAGAUCCCUGAUCGCAAAGCCAGAUCUUGCCUAUAGAUAGGCAAUUACAUUCCCAUAUAAACUAAAGAUGAAUAUUAGUAAAUUAGAUAGCAUUGUUAGAUCUCUGCAAAAUGAGCUAGCUCAGGUACCUAGGCUGGCUUGCCUUUGUAUAAACACCCCCUAAAGAAAGUUUUAAUAGAACUGGGUAAAUUAAUGUUCAUAAACUCCAGGAAUCUUCUGACACCUCAUGUUGAAACUCCACUGCAGAUAGAGUGCCCCUCUGCAAGUCUGCCUUGCCCUGUUGUCAUUCUAGCCGGCAAUCCCUGCAGUCAUAUAACAUUGGCCCCUUUUAUAGCUAAAAUAGCUUAUAUAUUUUAUCUAGUGGAAACAAGUGUCCUUUGGAUGACAAAGAAUUGACUCCUGAAAGUAUUUUCCGCGAUGAGUUUUGUAAUCGUCAAAUCUUGGAGCUACAAUGCUUCUGCAGAAAUAAAAAUCUUGGCUGUGAAUGGACUGGCCGGUUAAGAGUUAUUGAGGUAUUUUCUGUACUUUCUUUUCAAGCACAUUUAUGUACUGCAAUUUGUUAUACAGUGUACUAUCAAAAAGGGUAGAUUAUAUACAAUCUUGGUAUGUUGUAUGCCUGAGGUACAGUGUACAUAUACUUAGGAUUGUAGAUUUACUUUUUUUAUACUAUUAAACAACAGGCCUUUAGCUAUCGAGUGACCCUGUUUUGUAUCAUUGUGAUAAAAAAAUUGCCAAAUACGAUGCGAUUUAACGUGGUUCAAAUCACCCUCUUCCAUGCAACCAACAUUUGGGCAAAUAACCAGCAUUUGACUAACUUCCCGAUGAAGGUUCUUCGCUUGAAACAUUGAAGUUUUACUUGUAUUUUCAGGUAGUUGAAUCCCUUUUAAUUGCCUUCAGGAAAAGGGGAUUGAAAGGGAUUCAACUACCUGAAAAAUACAAUCAAGUAAAACUUCAAUGUUUCAAGCGAAGAACCUUUGUCGAGAAGUUAGUCAAAUGCUGGUUACUUGUUUGGGAAACAUUUGGCAUUCCAAAAGUGCAAGUUCAAAUUCUGCUUCAGUCAUGCAACUAUGAAUUUUCAGAGGAGGUGCAAAAUUCUCAGGAGAGCUGCUCACCUCUCAUAACCCAUACACCUAGCUCUUCUCAAAAUCUGGCCAUCGUUGAAACAUUUAUCAGUGGGAGAUUUCCAAACAGAUUAAUUAAGUGAAUUUUUGUCAACUUUAUUUAGCGGCACCAUAAAGACUGCCUGUUUGUCGAGGGCACAUGUCCAAAUGAGGGGUGCAAUGCGAAGAUGCUCAAACGACUCUUUGGAAAGCAUAUGAUGCAAGAAUGCAAAUAUAAGAAGCCACCACAGCGAUUUAUGAAAGUAAUUCUUAUUUUUUUAAUUAUUGCUAAUUGUGGACCUAAAUAUGUUUAUGCAUAACUGCACGUCUUUUGCCAACCAGUUAUGUCCUAUGCCUAAUUUAAAUGCUCGAUUACCUAUGCUCAGUCACUGGGAAGUUACUGUCAGUAGUACCAUACUAACAAGUAGUACCAUAGUACUAACAACCUCCUGACAAAGGGCCUUUGCUCGAAACGCUGAAGUUCUACUUACAUGUUAUAGGUAGUUGUAUUUCUUUCAAUCUACCUACACUGGCACGGUGGCACCGACCGUUUGGGACCAUAGUAAUGACUGGUGUAGGGCUUGGAAUUAGACCAAGGUUUACAGUUGGGACAAGGACAGGUCGGGUUAGGGUUUAGCUAAGGAUUAAAAAAAGUUUGAGGGUAUGAAAUCCCUUUUAAUUGAGGAUGUUGAUAUGCAAAAUGUCUGCAUACUUAAACCAGUUUUAACUACAGAUUGAUGCAAAGGUUAAACACUGUGAUGAGAAGAUGCUGUCGGAGACAACAUCGUAUGAUGGAACAUUCCUUUGGAAGAUUGAUGAUUUUGGAAGACGAUUACAAGAUGCUGUUGCUGGAAGAUGUUUGUCUAUCUAUAGUCCAGAUUUCUAUGUUGGUCAAUUUGGAUACAAGGUUAUAAUUAUAAGUUGAUUCUCUCACGUUUUACCAAUCUCAGAAACAAACUAUCUUGAAAGCCUCCCUCUCAUGCAUUAUCUUUACCAACAUUCAAGUCAGACUGUUGCAAAAAGUGUUCAAUCUUCCUCCGGGGAAAAUUUCAAGUUUUCAAACAUUCCUCAAAAUAAUAUAAGUUAUGGCUUUUUCAAAUUGCAAAAUAAAUAAUGUCAUUCAGAAUUGGCUUCUUACUUCUAUUUCCUACUGACUAUAGUAGUUAACAUUGAUGAGCUGGUUGAUUGUAUUGUCCUCACAUGCAUACAAACAUUAUACACGCUGGUGAUUACAAACAGAUGUAUAUGUUAUACGUAGGAUUGCUACAGAAACGCCGGUCCCUAACAUCCAGCGCAACAUCAGCAUCCUCAACUUGCCUAGUCAAGUAUAAUUUAUUUACGGUGUGGUGUUGACUUUUGAGUUACUUGAGGACCUCACAUAUGAUAUGGUAAACCUUCCUCGCGGGUGAUACCCGCACACCCGCAGCUUUUUGGCAACUCUGAAUGUCCAAUAUAUAAUUUGUUUUAGGUGUGUGCUCGUGUGUAUUUGAAUGGAAGUGGCAUGGGUAAGGGAACCCACUUGUCUAUAUUUCUGGUUGUGAUGCAUGGAGAGAAUGAUGACUUGCUGCCAUGGCCAUUCCAACAGGAAGUUUCAUUCAAGUUCGUCGAUCAAACUGGAGAUCAGGAUAUCGUUGAUAGCCUCAGACCAGUUCCAAGCAGCUCACGUUUCCAAAGACCCACAAGCAAUAUGAAUAUCGCAGGUGGAUGCCCAUUGUUUGUGCCCAAAUCUGUGCUGGAUAGUCGUGGGUUUAUUCAGGAUACGGUAUUCAUCGAAAUUACCGUUGAUACCACGGGAAUGCCAAGUCGUUCCUAUGUCCAAGCUUUGUGA